AUGGGCAACACACAAUCUGUAGUCGAUAUUGCAGCCAACCGAUGGCCAGUACUUCUCACUGCACUCCUUGUCUGCUUUGUAGCCGCCAUCGCCCCAAAGAUUGGAAGCGUGUUGCGACUUUGGACUAUCCCAAUCGUUGGAGAAGAGCUCGGGAGUACAGAAAAGCGCAGGAAAGCGUACUUAGGAGGGGCCCGAAAGUUAUACUCCGAUGGGUACCAAAAGUUCAAGAAUGGCGUUUUCAUGAUUACCACGUCCAAGUCUUCUCCGACAAUUGUCAUUUCACCUGAUUUUCUUCCUGAGUUGAAAAAGCUGCCCGAUACGACUUUGAGCAUGGAAGCUGCGGUUGACGAGUCAAUGGAGACCAAGUACACCAAGAUCGAGACGUCGGUACCCAUCAUCCCGCAUACUAUCAAAGGAGAACUAACUCCAGCACUAUCUCGACUAAGUACAAUCAUUGCCGAUGAAGUCAGACAAUCCCUAGAGCUUUCUAUACCCUCGUGUGAGGACUGGACAGAAGUCAACAUCCACCACAGCCUCCUUCGUAUCGUCGGAAUGGUAUCAGGUCGCGUAUUCAUCGGCCCAGAACUUUGUCGUUCCGAACAAUACCUCGAUGCAGCCAUCAAUUAUACUAUGGAAGUCAUGGGUGCCCAACGAGUCGUGCAGAACAUGCGACCAUGGCUACGACCAUUUCUAGCCCACAGGCAGCCUGAAGUCACGAAACUUUACCAACGAAUCGCAGAAGCUGAGGCCUUUCUACAGCCUGUGGUAAAGUCAAGAAUAGAGGCUAUGGCUGACAUGUCAUACGAGAAGCCAGAUGACUUUCUACAGUGGCUCAUCGACGGAAAAGACAAGUUUCCGGACAAGAACAGCCAGAACCUCGCCAAGGUUCAACUGGGCCUUACCUUUGCAGCUGUACAUACUACAACACUGACUGCCACCAACGCUUUCUAUGAUUUGGCAGCCAUGCCAGACUUACAGGCAGAACUGCGAGAGGAGGUUCGGGAAGUGCUCUUUCAAAGUGGAGAUGUCUUUACAAGCAAUGCUUUACAGGCCAUGAAGAAGAUGGACAGCUUCCUCAAAGAGACUCUCCGAGUUCAUCCGGCGACAAUGGCUUCCUUCCAGCGUAAGGUCUUGAAGCCGUUCACUUUAUCCAACGGCCAAGUUAUUCCAGCUGGUCUAACGAUUGAAAUACCUGCCGUUGCAGUUAACUCUGACUCAUCCAUCUUCCCACACGCAGACGAAUUCGACCCACUGAGGUUCUACAGACUUCGCACACAAGCCAAGGAUGAUAGAUCGAUGGAAAAGGCAGCAAACAACCAGUUUGUCAGUGUGAACCAGAGCAGUCUGACAUUUGGUUACGGCAAGCAUGCUUGUCCGGGGAGGUUUUUUGCCGCAAACGAAAUCAAGAUGAUUCUGGCCCAUGCACUCCUGCGAUAUGAUGUUAAGCUGGUUGGCUCAGAGACCAAGAGGUAUCCUAACAUGGAGUUUGCGCAUAUGUCUAUUCCGGAUCCGUCUCGAAAACUCUUGUUCAAGGCACUUGAGGUUUGA